AUGACGGGGUCAAGCUAUUUCAAGAAGGAGAUACAGUUCAAGACUGACUAUUCGCCGAGCACCAUCACAAAAUAUGAAUCUAAACGCACGGGAAUGUCGGCGGUAGUAGUAGAUCGCGAGGGACCUAAGGUCUUGGGAUUCUUUGCCCUUGCCACAGAGAUUCUGGAUGAUUCGGGCAGCCCCCACACUCUAGAGCAUUUAUGUUUCAUGGGCAGCAAGAACUACCAGUACAAGGGCGUGUUAGAUCGGAUGGCAAACAGAGCCUACUCUGGUACGAACGCAUGGACAGCUACCGACCAUACUGCAUACACCCUCGAUACCGCCGGUUGGGAGGGAUUCGCCCAGAUUCUUCCUGUAUACCUCGAACACAUCCUACUUCCUACCCUUACCGACAGUGGCUGCUACACUGAGGUCCACCACAUUGACGGAGAGGGACAAGAUGCAGGUGUUGUAUACUCUGAGAUGCAAGGGGUUCAGAACACCCCAAGCACAAUCAUGAACAUGAAAGCAGUCCAGAAACUCUACCCUGAGGGUGUCGGCUUCAGAUACGAGACAGGUGGUAUGAUGGAAGCUUUGAGAGUCCUUACGGCGGAGAGGAUUAGGCAGUUUCACAGGGACAUGUACCAGCCAAAAAAUCUGUGCUUGGUGAUCAUUGGCGAAGUGGACCAUGACAACCUCUUGAAAAUCCUGGACGAUUUUGAAGGGAGUAUUUUGAAAGAUAUCCCAGACCCGAGCUUGCCCAUGAAAAGGCCUUGGAUCGAUUCUAAACCCGUUCCGUUAUUGAAGGAGUCUACGAUUGAUACCGUCGAGUUCCCCGAAAAGGAUGAAUCUAUGGGCGAGAUCUCAAUUGGCUUCCUCGGUCCCAAUUGCAAUGAUGCAAAGGCGAUGGCAGCUCUCGAAACUCUUGGUACCUUCCUUGCCGGUUCCUCGGUGUCGAUCCUAGAGAACCAGCUCGUGGAAAUCAAAGAGCCACUCGCAUCUUCUGUCCAGUUUUACGUCGAGGAGCGCCCCAACUCACUCAUCUGGCUCCAACUAACCAGUGUCCCCACCAAGAAGCUUGCUGAAGUCGAGAAGCGUCUCUUCGAGGUGCUGAAAAAGACCGUCAGCGAGCCAAUUGACCUCGCGUACGUCCAGGAAUGUCUCCGACGCACAAAGAGGCAGCGCAAGUUCUCGGUGGAGAGCUCUGGGUACUACUUCUCCAACCCUCUCAUUACGGACUUUAUCUUUGGGGAGAGGGAUGGCAGCACUCUCAAGUCAUUUGAAAACCUAAACGCAUUUGAUGAGCUCGAGAAGUGGACCGAGACUGACUGGCGAGACUUCCUCCGUAAAUGGGUUGCGGACAACGAGCACGUCUCGAUUCUCGGAAAGCCUUCUGCAAAGCUUGCUAAGAAGAUUGAAGAAGAUGAGAAGAAGCGUGUGGCUGCCCAGAAAGCUAAGUUCGGGGAAGAGGGCCUUAAAAAGCUCCAGGAAAAGCUCGAUAAGGCUAAAGCGGACAACGACAGAGAGAUCCCGAAAGAGGAGCUCGGAAAGUUUCCAGUUCCAGGGGUUGAGAGCAUUCAUUUCAUCAAGACUGAGACCGCACGGGCCGGAUUGGCAGUGGAAGAUGGAAAGGGUGAUAAGGAAAUACAGGAUAUCAUUGAUAAAGACCAUGUCGAUCUACCACUUUACCUCCAUUAUGAGCACAUCCCAUCAAACUUUGUACGGAUAACGAUUCUUGUCUCAACUGCGUCCAUCCCGGUUGAAAGACGACCCUUGAUCCCAAUAUACCUUGAAAACUUCUUCAACACACCCAUUAUGCAAGAUGGAGUACGUCUAGAGUACGAACAGGUUGUAGCAAAGUUGGAGAAGGAUACCGUUAACUACAACAUCGGAUCCGGAACAUAUAUGGACACACCUGAGAGUCUCGGGAUCAGGUUCCAAGUUGAGCCCGAGAAUAACAUGUCCGUCAACAGCAUGAUUUCCUACUCCCGUGAAUCAAUUGGACGCGCACAAGACACCCUCGUCAAGGCCCUCUACCUAAAACGAAUCAGCAAGCAACUAGAAGAGAAGCCCGACGAUGUAAUCGCCCAGUUCGAGGAGCUCCGCAAAACCUUCUGCAAGCUCGAGAACUUCCGCAUCCUUGUCAUUGCAGACAUAACGAAGCUCAAGAACCCCGUAUCCGCAUGGAAAGACUUCAUCACUGGCCACUCCUUCACCGGCAAACUGGCACCUAUCGACAAGCGGAUCCAACGCCUCACCCCGCAAGGCCAGAAGCCCGGCGGCGUAGCCCACCUGGUCCCGCUCCCAACAAUUGACUCAUCCUUCUCCGUCCACGUCGCUCUCGGCCCCGACAGCCCCACUCACCCCAAACUGCCGGCUAUGCUCUUGGCAAUCUCAUAUCUUGAUGCCGUUGAGGGUCCCCUCUGGCGAGCAGUCCGCGGCACAGGUCUCGCCUACGGUACUGGCUUCUCCAAGAACAUCGACUCAGGCCACGUUCAGUUCACCGUCUACCGCUCCCCCGACGCCUACAAAGCGUGGGAAGCGUCCCGCAAGGUCCUGCGCGACCACAUGGACGGCACCGUCGAGUUCGACCACCUCUCGCUCGAAGGCGCGCUCUCAUCCAUCGUCGUCCAGUUCGCAGACGAGGAGUCGUCCAUGGCGUCGGCCGCGUCGGUGUCCUUCAUCAACCAGGUCAUCCACGGGCAGAGCAAGGACUACAACAUGCAGCUGCUGAAGAAGAUCCGUGCGGUCACGGUGCAGGACCUGAAGGACGUGGUGAGAGAUGUGUUGUUGCCCGUGUUUGAUCCCGAGAGGAGUAAUACUGUGGUGGUGACGGCGCCGGUGAAGUCUGAUUCCAUCAAAGCGGCGCUUGAAAAGGAGAAUUUCAACGUCACCGUGCACCCGCUGAAGUUCUUCCAGGACGACUACGGGCUCAAGUACGGCCUCGCCGAAGGCGAAGAGGACGACGACGAGAAUGGGGACGAGGAUGGUGAUGAUGAUGACGAUGAUGAUGAUGACGACGACGACGAUGAUGAUAGUGACGAGGAGAUGGAGGAUAAGUAA